GUUGGGGAAAGAGAUAUAAAGGCGGGUUGAAAGGGUUGAAAGGGGGGUGGCUUCGUUCGUCUCCACUACAUAAAACUUUUGAUAGGUUGGAUUGACUGGAAGAGAUUGGAUAUUGAAUAAGAAGGCCAUUGAAGUCUGCGGGCAGUUCGACCUCAAAGACAGCAUAUCUGGGAUCACUGAGGAACUCAACAACAUUACACACAUCAAAAAGCCAACACCACAACAAUACCACGCCAAAUCCGAAAUCCGAAAUCUCAAAUCCUAGAUCUCAAAUCUCCCAACUCACCACCUCAAAAAAGAAAACAAUAUGUCCUCCAAGCCCCUCGCCGCCGAGGCAACAACCACCCUCCACGACAACCCAACCCUCAACUACAAACUCCACGUCUUCCUCUACGACCUCCGACACUUCCGCUCCUCGCCCUCCAGCCGCUCCCGCCUCGACGCCGUCGUCGACACCCACUACCUCGGCGCGCCCUACUUCGACCCCGUGGAGCGAUCUCUGCUCCUCUCCUCCCUCAUCAUCCCCUCUUUCCCAUCUUCCUCUUCCUCGACCACGACAACCGACACCCUGCAAGACACCCUCGACGACUUCUUCCGCCGCAAACUAGAAAAAAGGGUGAAAGGAAGGAUUGAGAAGGAAGGCGAUGGACGCAUCUGCGCGGCGCACGACCUAGCGCCUGUGUUUGAGAGGGCGUUUGGGGUGCGGAUGAAGGAGUUGGAGAAGAAUAGGGGGUUUAUGAAACUGCUGAGGACGAGGGGGUUGGAGUUGAGGGAGGGGCAGGUGUGGUGUGGGCUUGGGAAGGGGAGGGGAAAGGACAGAAGGGAGGGGAAAGGGGAGAGGGGGUAGUAUGGGGCACUAUGUAUUCAUUUUCAAAGAGUUUACUACUCGGUGUCUAUCAUAUGACGGUGGUGUAUGACAAAGGAGGUAAAGACAGUCUACGGGUCUGUUUGUAUUCAAAGGUAGGAGGCGAAGUGCAUCAAAGCGAGACAGUCCUGACAAAGAUGUGUGUUCUGAGUUGGA